AUGAAAGGAUUUAAUGAAAACAUAGAGGACAAAUCUCACGAGAGCAUUAAUUUUCCAGAUUGUCAAGAGAGAGCCGACAUUUUUGAUCGACCAAACGAUUCUUACGAUGGAUUACGAGCGGUUCGAGUACUUUCAAGAGAACGAUCGACGUCGGUAUCAGAACUUGCUCUGGGAGAGACAGUUUCGAAUUCAAUCAGCACCAGCGUUGUUACCUCAAACACAAACGUUUCCAGAGAGCGAGAGUUUGAUUUCAAUGUCAACCAGUUCGAAUGCGAGCGAAAGUUCCUCGAUCUUGACAGUGGUCGAAUCGUCGGCGGAGCGCUUGCCAGUGGAGCAAGUACCAUUGAACCAAACAAGGGUAAUGAGGGAGACUUUAUCAAUUUCGAGCAGCUUUCAAGAAAUAGCGCGCACAAUGCUUUUGAGAAUUCAAGCUCAUCGUCGAACCGAUCUAAAACGAAUCACAAUAUUCCUGGCAAUAAUCUCUUUGCUCCUAUUACUAACAUUGGUGCUUCUGAGCCAGUUUCGCUUGCACUAAACAACCCGUUUUCUUUGCAGCUCGAUUGCGAUAAAAAAGAAAUUCUUAUAAUGCGAAAAGAUUACAACUUGAGGAUUCCUUCUAUUUAUCGUAAGAACCGUUUUCACGAGUCCGAGCUGCAUUUGCACACUCACUAUGAAAAUUCUGCUGCCGAUUUCACAUUGCCGCUUCAGAAACUAGAACGUGCUUUUAUUGGAGAUGCGCUUAGACAUAGAUAUGUGUUUAAGAAUUCGGCUAUGGACUUUAAGCAGCACAUCAAAUCUCCAGUUAAUGUGAAGCUGACUAGUGCACAAUGGUCAAGAUGCGCCCGAAGAGUUGCAAAGAAUAUUACUGGGGCCAGCCUGUUUUACCCGUAUCGUGACAACUGGGAGUCGACGUCAGCUGCUGACACGAAGCUCUAUUCAAAAAUCUUCUCUUCAGACGAUUCUGGUGAUGACUAUCAACUGCGAUUUCUCGAUAUACCUGCUUUAACCCAGAACAUGUCAUUUGAGGAAUCUUCAUCUUGUCUCGCUCUUUUAGAGUCUUACUGCAGUCUCCUAAACCCACACUUCAUUAGAAGAACAAUGACAGAAAAGAAUGUCGAUGGAACAAGCCGCAAAGUACAGAAACUAAGAGUUAUUACUACAAAUGUACAGUUUCUGAGUCCAGUAGAAGAUCACUGCUCAACUGAUGGAUGUAAUCAAUUUAUCUCCAACAUCCUUCGCUUAGACGAGUUAGUAAAUGAAGCUGGUGAUUAUCAAAACGAUCCUGGCUUUAUUGAAUACAAUGCUGUAGAUAUCACGAUGGAAUACUACUCACUCUGGGAAUUUAUCGCUGGUAAACUCUAUCUGAACGCUGGAAAAAGGAAUGACGCUGCUGCAGAAGUAGAUGAAAUAAAUCGAAAUGUGAAUGAGCCUUUCAACGACUUAUAUGAGGAUAUACAAGUGACACAAAGGGCAAGAGAUAUUCUUGAAUCACGACGCGGUCCAAUCGAAACAACUUAUGCGGAUCCUUGUUCAUACAAGUUAAACGAUCGUUUAUAUUACGAUCCAUAUGGCGAACAACGAUUUAUGAAAUACAAUUAUGAAGCAAGUCGUUACUCGGUCAAGCCUUAUCGUCUAGCAGAAACCGACCUCUUCGCUUACACAGCAUUGAUCGGUGUUCUUAUUCAAGCAGUUGUACCGUACUACAUUCCUUCACAACUGAUGAGCGGCAAUCAAAGUAGUCAACUUGCCAAUCUUUUCGUUGACGAUGUCGAUUGUGAUGUGAACGCCGAAAAUAAUUAUACUCGCAAAAUGAAAUCUGAUUGGCGCGCCGGUCUAAAAGCAAUAAAAAGACCAAAACUGGUGAACGAAGAAAUGCUUAAACUUGAGAAAUGUUUUUGCACCGACGCUCGCAAUAGCUGCUACUCGAAGAUGUUCCAGUUAGACAUAUUCAAAUAUGAAGUAAUUAGGGACCAUUGCCCAAAUUGUCAUAUCGGUUACUUGAUCACCCUCGCGAAAAAUUUUCACGAUCAAACCGACAGAGAACACUCGAAAUUGCGCAGAAUCUACUCUCAGCCGGUCGACGCAUCUAUUCAGGACCCACCAAAGAUCAAAACAAAACGACACGCACUGCGACUAUCACUAUAUUCACAUAUCAAAUUUGUGCAAGAUCUUUUCAGCCGAUCGCAGUCGCUCUAUCACUCAUAUGUGACGAAGUGUUAUUCAGUUGGAUUGGCGUCUCUGCCAACUAAAUCAUCAUGCUUCCAAAAUCUUGUUGGUUGCAACGGUUACGCGAAAAUUGAUGACGGGCAACUACCAACUCUUUGUUCACGAUGUUUAAGUGGCUUAAACUCAACUCAAAAUCGUAUGGCGACAAUACUCAAAUGGCGGGAACCUGUGCACAACGCCGUUAUUCGAAAACGACAGUUACAGUUUAAUACUCUUAUAUCGGAGAACGCAGAAUUCGAUGAGAUUUUCAUUCACGAUGUUGUCGCCAAGAAGAACCAACGACAAAAACGAAAACAAACAUGGGAAACGGAAGGCUCAGAAAAGAUAGAGUCAAACUUUCCUUCAGCUGCCAAAAAAAGCAACCGAGAGAUAAAAACUGCAAGUGACAAACCCUCAACGUCAAAUGGUGGAAAUUUCGCCGAGAAGGUCGCCACUAGUGGACAACAAUCGCCAUGUUCAACAACAAGAAGAACCACCACAGAAUUUUACGACAGCAGAUCAGCCUCUAGAACAGGAGAAAGAAAACAUACCUUCAGCGAUGAUAUCGGACGACAGCGACUCAGCCCAGACACAACCCCCCAGCCCACCGUCGGACGAAGUGGAGUCGCCCCCUCCUACGCCACCAAGUCCAAUGAUGGAAGACGCUCCUCCUUCGCCGCUGAGUCUGACAUGGGAACGACAUGCUCAAACACCACCUCCUUCGCCCCACACAGUGUUUUCAGAGAAAUUACGACAAAUUCAAGAAUUGAAAGCGGAAGAUUUACCAGAACGAUGGCAAGUCAGAAAGAAUCAGUUAACGAGCCUGGAGGAAUACUUUCCGAACUACUCCCCCAAGGUGACUCAAGAAGAAACAAUGUCCAAAGAGUCAACGCGCCAGGCACAAACUUCGAAAGUGUGCUUCGAGAAAGUAGUGGAAGCGGAACCUUUUCAUCUUUUCGACGGUCACUCGAGAAACAACCCAAUCAAUUCCCCGUGGUAUUGCCGGAUAAUUUUUCGACCGGGCGAGAUAAAACUUCUUCCAAUAACGAACUUGGGAGUUGUAGCUAUUCCAGCAAAACCACGCUCAAACUCACCAUGCCAGAAUGUUCAAUGCCAGAAAACAAUCGAGGAGCUCCACAAAUAUUACCAAUUGGAAAUAGAGAGAGCGCGCUUUUACAGGGAAGAACCCUCACCACCUCCUCUACCGAUUUUCUCCAGCCUUUUCAACCAACAACAAACACACAAACCGGAUUGCGAUUCGCCAGGACCCUCGGGAUUGAGCAUAAUGAAAGAAGACCACCUACAGCAACGCCAACCUAUUACCGAAUCUCAAAUGAGCGAAAUCCAAUCAUCCGAACCGCCAGCCAAGAAGCUCCGCAUGGAUCAUUAGUCAACUCUCACAUCGACUCGCCCAAACCUCCAUCUUCAUUACCAUCAUAUAACACCGCAGUAUAUAACAGAAAAAGAUCCGAAGCGACAAUGGAAAUUGACAGCUUAGUUGACGAAUUUAAAGCAACAGAUCACAUCUAUCAUCGUCAAUCCUCAUCAUCGUCUUUUCACUCUGACACGACUCAUUCUACCGAAAACAAACAACCAACAGAAGUCGACAACGAAACCGACGAAAUUUUAAAUCUUUUUGUUUAA